AUGCUUGUCCUAAUUACAACAAGAACUGAUCAAACUGAAAACGACCUACUUUCCUGCCUUGCUGAAUAUGAUGCAUUGGCAGUACAGAGUUACACUAUUCCUCCCAGAGAAACCCUUGAAGACAUCCUAAACUUCCUAAAGAUGGCUCAAGGGAACACUCUGUUCCCUUAUCCACCCCCAAUCCCUUUGAAUCUAAACUUACCUACCACACUUUCCCCAACAGGCCCAGGGCAUCCGAUGAAACCACACAGACUAUCCAUUACGCACAGUCUUGUUUUACAUUAUGGGCUGUACAAGAAGCUACAAAUCUACAGACCCUACAGAGCAAACUUUCAUGAUAUGACAAGAUUUCAUUCCGAAGAGUACAUAGAUUUUCUUAUGCGUGUUUCUCCGCAAAAUGCUCAGAACUUCACAAAGAAUUUAGGGCAGUUUAAUAUGGCAGAUGACUGCCCAGUGUUUGAUGGCCUGUAUGACUUCUGCUCCAUGUACACUGGAGCCUCAUUAGAAGGAGCUGUCAAGCUGAACCACAAUUGUUGCGACAUUGCAGUCAAUUGGUCGGGUGGUUUGCAUCACGCCAAGAAAUUUGAAGCCUCAGGAUUCUGCUAUGUUAAUGAUAUUGUAAUAGCCAUUCUAGAAAUGUUAAAAUAUCAUCCAAGAGUACUGUAUAUUGAUAUAGACAUUCAUCAUGGUGACGGAGUACAAGAGGCUUUCUACCUCACUGACAGGGUUAUGACAGUUUCUUUCCACAAAUAUGGAAAUUAUUUCUUCCCAGGAACUGGUGACAUGUUUGAAAUUGGGCAUGAGAGUGGCAGAUAUUAUUCAGUGAAUGUACCCUUAAAGGAGGGUAUUGACGAUGCCAGCUAUAUCCAGGUCUUCAAACCCGUCAUUGAAGGUGUGAUGGAAUUCUACCGUCCAACAGCCAUUGUCCUUCAGUGUGGUGCAGAUUCCCUUUCUGGAGACCGACUUGGCUGCUUCUCACUCUCCACGAAGGGCCAUGGAGAGUGUGUGAGCUUCACAAAGAAAUUUGGUGUUCCACUACUAGUGUUGGGAGGUGGUGGAUACACUCCGAGAAAUGUUGCAAGAUGUUGGGCUUAUGAAACGGGAUUGCUCGUGGAUAGUGACAUGCCAACAGAAAUCCCUUACAGCACAGAAUAUUUCCAGUACUUUGCUCCAGAUUUCUCCCUCCACCCAGAGGUGAUAACGCGGCAGGAGAAUGGAAACAGUCGGCAGUACCUGGAUGCUAUUGUAAAGCAUGUGUAUGAUAAUUUAAGAAUGGUGCAACAUGCUCCUAGUGUCCAGAUGCAGGAUGUCCCAGGAGAUGGCCUAAGUAUUAAAGAGGAGGAAGAGAUUGACCCAGACUCUCGACUACACAUCAGUGAAGAAGAUAAGAGAGUGGAACCAGAGAAUGAAUUCUACGAUGGAGAAAAGGAUAAUGAUAAAGAUGCUGACAGUGAUGCCAAUACGCCUACAUCCAAGAACUGAGAGGAUGUCCUGUCUGGACGUAGGAAGUAGGGUUUUCCUUGUUUCACAUAGGAAAGAAGAAGAAAUUAAGGUGGAAAGAGUGAAGUCAAGAAGUAAAAGAAAAAAGAAAGGAGUGAGCUAGUGCAAAUUGUAAGCAAAUGAUUUGAAAUGACUUGUAAUAUACAGUAUUAUCAAAAUAGUUUAUAUAUACACAAGGCUUUAGAUUUCAUAACUAAGACAAAAAAUAAAACUUUUAAAGAAGAUUAUACAAUGAAAGUUUUAUGUUUUAUUUUGAUAUUUUGUGGAAAAAGAAGGGAAAGGUCUUCUCAAAAAUAGAAAAUUUGGCAAGACAUUUGAAAGAGAAAAAACUGUUUGUAUUAUGUGGUGUUUUAAGUCCUUCCCUGUUUCUUGUGCUAAAAAUCAGCCGAGGAAGGAACAGAAGAAGAGAGACACAAAAGUUGAUCUCAGAGGAAGUAGUUGUCUUUUUUAGGGAUUAAUGUUUUCAUAAUUGGAACCUUUGUUGUGAGAGGCAGUAGGAACACACAAGUCUGUAUUCAACCUCAUUGUACAUUUUUUUCACCUUUUUUUCGGGGGUGGGAUUCCUCGAAGAAGACUGAGUACAUAUUUGUAUAAGAAACUGAUAGAUUGGAGAUGUACAUAUUUAUCUUGCAGAUAUGAAAAGGAUUUUAGUGCAUUUUUACUUAAGUAAUCAUAAAUUAUUAUAUUUAGCGCUCAUAUAAAAUCACAGGUAGGAAAAAACAUUUGGUAAGCAACAAAGCAAUACCCAACACACACACACACACACACACACACACACACACACACACACACACACACACACACACACACACACACACACACACACACACACACACACACACACACACACACACACACAAAAUAUAAUAAAAAGGAAACUGUUGAAAAUGUUAUAUGCAGUGACUUUAUUAUACCCCGGUUUCAUUACAAAUUGUAUUUAAAAGAUAUUAGCGCUUGUAAUGGCAAAAUCUGUAAAAGCAGAACGAAUACUGAUACAAUAGAUGAAAUAUUUUGACAUGUAUACACAAUGAAUUGUAAAACAUUUUAAAAAUAUUUUAUAUAUAUAUUUUGGAACCAUCUUUUGAUUUGUGUCUUGCAUAUUGAUAUUUUAGUUGGGUGAAAGAAGAAAUGUGAAGAUUGAACUGUGAAAUCCCCUUAAAACCUCUUAGAGUACAUAGCUGACCAUUUUACGGCACAAUGUCCAAUAACAUGUUUUAGCUUUAAUGCUGUAUCACCUAUUUUUUUAAUAUAUAUAUAUAUAUACAUGUACAGUCAUCGGCCUUAGCCAUUCUCAUUUCGAAAAAAAAAAAUAACGACAAAAUACAAUGCUUCCCUCCCUCUCCCCAUAUUUGCUGUAUCAUUCAUUCACAGGGUCUCAUUUUCUCGUAAUGAAUAAAAGAAAGAAAGAAAAAAAUGCAUCCAUUGUUUUAUCUCCAUCCUAGAAGUUAGUAUUUGACUAUGAUUUUUUUUACAGUUUUAUUCUUUGUAAAUAUUAGAAAAUAAAAUAUAUGAGGUC